GAGCAUGAGACAGAGAUACUCGACUGACACGAAAUUGCGAAUGGUGUGUUCCGCUGCGGUCUCGGAGGAGAAAGGGAAAAACUGAAGCAGCAAUGGGGGAAAGUGGAGGGAAGGUGAAUACCUUAAUUGAGAAGGCAACCAACUCAACAGCCCCAGAGGUGGAUCCUCGCCUUCUUAAAGCGAUCAAAUUGGUCGUUCGUUCUUCUGACGCCGAGGUUCGGCUUGCUGCCGAAACCCUAAUGGAGAAGAUGAAGAGAGACCACUCUCAGGUUAGAUACCUUGCGCUUCUUAUAGUUGAUCAACUGUUCAUGAGAUCGAAGCUAUUUAGGUCCCUCCUUGUUGUUAACUUUGAUAAGUUUCUAAGUUUGAGUGUUGGAUUCAGAAGGAACCUGCCACUCCCUGCACCUGCUCCAAUUGCAUCCAUUCUACGAUCUAAAGCUAUAGAAUUUUUGGAGAAGUGGAAUGUUGCAUUUGGGGUUCAUUACAGACAACUCAGAUUAGGGUUUGACUACUUGAAAAACACCCUGCGGUUUCAAUUCCCAAAUCUUCAGCAAAAUGCAGCUCGGUUACAGCAACAGAGACAGGAAAGAGAGGCUAGGUCAAGGGAAAUAUUACUGAAAAAGUUUGAAAUCCUAAGGGAAAAUCUUUCUUCUAUCAGGACUGAAAUACAGUCUACAGUUGAUGAGAUAGGAGAAUGUUUAGAUAUUGUUAGCACUAAAGAAGAUACAUGCAUGCCAACAUGUACCACAGAGGAAGAUGAUGUUGAAGAGUUCCGCUGUUCUGCUUUGCAGCAAAUCCGUCUUGAUUCAUUGAAAGAAGGGGAAAAGGUUCGGGAAAACAGUGACAAUAAAGUGGUUUUUGAUGUAUUGAGGGAACUGUACAAGCUGUUAGUGACGAGGCAUUUGGUGUCUGUGCAAGAAUGGAUCUCUGUUCUUGUCAGGGUUGAACCAGAAGACAAAAGAUUCAGAGAUUCUACCCUAAAAGAAUUAAUUGAUAUUCGAAAUCACCUUAUGUCAGUGAAGAAAAAAUGUGAACACUCGGGUCUUACUCAUCCAAGCACUGGGGAUCGGGAGGAAGAGGUUCUUUGGGAGGAGGGCAAGGUAGAAGUGUAUGAACAUGGGAAUUCUAGCAUACCAAGAAAGGCAAGUGAACAUCUUCCCAGUACUUCAACUAUGAAUGAUGGAAAGAACAAAUACACCGACUGCAGUAAAGAAUUGAAGGGAGGGGAGUUCUUGGAUGAUGAAGGAAAUGGAUCCGAUUCAGCAUAUCUCAGGAGGAAGCUUUUGGCUGAAGCUCCAGUGAUAACCUGGGGUUCUUUCCUUGACAAUUGGGGAUCAAAUCGAGAUGUUUUGGCUAACCAGAGAGGACUGGAGAUCGAAGGUCACUGGGGUAGGGUAGACUAUGAUGCUGUUAUUCCAGCAGAAAAAAUUGCUGAGUUGAAUGUUCAAGCAACUCUAUACAAAGAAGCACAUGUUGAAAUCCAACCGUGCCGUGCUCCUUUGAGCAAAGGUGGACUUUGUCAGAGGAGGGACCUGAAAGUUUGCCCAUUUCAUGGGCCCAUCGUAUUCCGAGAUGCCAAAGGGAAUCCUAUCAAUGAAAAUCCAUUAACUGAUGAGGAAACUCUUGAUUUGGGGAGCAAAGUGAUUGAACAAUUGAUGAAACAGGCAGUGAAGAAUGUGCGGGAUAGAGACAUGGAGGAAGCAAAGAAGAAGGAAAAUGAUAGACAAUCAAUAAAGCGUGCAAAGCUUGCCAAGGUUCGCAAACACAAUGAAGCGGUUCUAUGCAACGCUGCAAUUACGUCAACCUCGCGAUCUGAAAUCCUUGGAGAUGUGGAAGUGGUCAGUGGGAGUAAGCAUGCAGUUAGAGAGAAGAAACAAACACUGGCAUCAAUGCUGCGUAAGAAAGUAACGGCUAAAGAUAGAUUGUCUCAGAGACUCUUGAAAACCCGUGCAACUGCAACGGGUGUUACAGCAAGACAACCGACGGGGGAAGAUGCAAAAUACAGAGAAGCUUAUCCAAAUCAGUGGUAGAUGAUUGUGUUAAAAGUUAAAACAACGGAAUUUUUUUUUUUUUUCUGCAGAGUUAAUUAGACUCUGUUGAUCGAGACAAACAUUUGUAGCACACUUGAUUUUAUUGGAGAAGAAUAACAAAAAGGAAA